UUGUCAAUGUCAAAUGAAGCAUAUUUCUGACAAGCAAACAAAAACAACAGAGAAGAUUUUUUUAGGGUUAUAAAUAAAUUAAAACCUAAAAGUUCUCUUUACUUUGUGUUUAAUAUACUAGAACUAGAAGCUAGAAGCAAAUACAAGUCUCCUUGAUUUUGUUUCAUAAGUGUAAUUAGUACAAAAUGUCUCAAACCACAGCUGAAAAACCCACCGAAGUGAAAGCAAAGAAGGAGGCUGAAGAAGAUAAAAACGAAUUGUCUGAAGAAGACAAGCAACUUCAGGAUGAGCUAAAUCUUUGUGUGGAAAGAUUGACGGAAAAUGAUGAAAAUCUAUAUCUAUCCGCCCUGAAUAUUCUCUCAACGAAAAUUAAAGCUUCUACAACUUCUAUGACGUCUGUGCCGAAACCAUUGAAGUUUAUGCGACCCCAUUAUGAUACCAUGAAGCAAGUUUAUGAUAAAAUCAAAAACCCUGAGGUCCAAAGGGUGUGCGCCGAUAUUAUUUCAGUUUUGGCCAUGACUUUGGGAGACGGGCGUGAAUGUUUGAAAUAUAGACUUUUGUCAGAUUUGGAUAAGAUUGGAGAAUGGGGUCAUGAAUAUGUCAGGCAUCUUUCUGGUGAAAUUGCUGCUGAAUGGGGAGAAAAAGAUGAAGACGACAAAGACAUGGAAGCAAAAGUCAUUCAGUUGGCCAAACAAAUUGUUCCUUACAAUAUGGCUCACAAUGCAGAAGCUGAAGCUUGCGACUUGCUCAUGGAAAUAGAAAGACUUGAUCUCUUGGAAAGAUAUGUGGAUGAAAAUAUUUACACCAGAGUUUGCUUAUAUCUUACAAGUUGUGUGGAGUAUGUUGCUGAUCCAGAAAACACGACUCUUUUGCAAACUGCUCUAAUGCUAUUUAAAAAGUUUGGCCAGUAUCCUCAAGCUCUACGUUUGGGAAUGAAGUUGAAUGAACAAAAACUUAUUGAAGAAAUAUUUUUGUCCUGUCCAGAUACCAUUGUCCAAAAACAACUGGCCUUUAUGUUAGGUCGUCAACAAAUCUACAUAGAAGUCCCUGAAACCACUCCAGAAUAUGAAGAUCUAACAGAAAUAAUGGCCAAUUGUCAUUUGAAUAAUCAUUUCUUAAACUUGGCAAGAGAAUUAGAUAUCAUGGAACCAAAAACCCCUGAAGAUGUUUACAAAUCUCAUUUGGAAAAUACCAGACCUUCUUUUGGAGGUAGUCAAGUAGAUUCCGCAAAACAAAAUCUUGCUGCUAGUUUUGUCAAUGGUUUCGUAAAUGCUGCUUUUGGCCAAGACAAACUUCUCAUGGAAGAUGGUAAUAAGUGGCUCUACAAAAACAAAGAUCAUGGCAUGUUGAGUGCAACAGCUUCACUUGGAUUAGUACUUUUAUGGGAUGUUGAUGGGGGUUUGACUCCAAUUGACAAGUACUUAUACUCUUCAGAAGAUCAUAUUAAAUCUGGAGCACUUCUAGCAUGUGGUAUAGUCAACUGUGGUGUCAGAAAUGAAUGUGACCCUGCUCUUGCCUUAUUAAGUGACUAUGUUAUGCAUAGCGCUCCGAUCAUAAGAAUUGGUGCAAUAUUAGGUCUGGGAUUAGCGUAUGUGGGCUCUAACAGGGAAGCAGUACUCGGCCUACUAUACCCAGUAUUUUCCGAUAAAAGUUCUAAUAUGGAAGUUAUUGGAAUGGCUGCUUUGGCUUGUGGAAUGAUUUCAGUUGGUUCUGAAAAUUCCCAAGUAACUACGAUCCUCAUGCAGACAUUGAUGGACAGAUCUGAAGAUGACUUGAAGGAUACUUAUGCUAGAUUUAUACCUUUGGGAGUUGGCUUAUGUCAUUUGGGGAAACAAGAUAGUGUUGAUGCAAUUGUUGCUGCUUUGGCAGUUCUUCCUGAACCAUUUGGAUCUAUGGCAACAACUAUGGUGGAUAUUUGUGCCUAUGCUGGUACAGGAAAUGUAUUAAAAAUUCAACAAUUACUCCACAUCUGUUCUGAGCACUAUGACAGUGAUACAUCUGAACAAGAGAAAAAAGAUAAAGAUAAGGAUAAAAAAGAAAAAUCCGAAGAUAAGGAAAAAGACCAUUCAUCAAGGCAAGCUAUUGCUGUCCUUGGUAUUGCCCUUAUAAGCAUGGGAGAGGAUAUUGGCAGUGAAAUGGCUUAUAGAACCUUUGGACAUCUAUUAAGAUAUUGCGAGCCUGCUAUAAGAAGAGCCGUUCCUUUAGCUUUAGGUCUUAUUUCUGUCUCGAACCCGAAAUUGAGUAUUCUGGAUACUUUGAGUAAAUUCUCCCAUGACAGUGACUCAGAAGUUGCUCAUAAUGCUAUAUUUGCAAUGGGUUUAGUAGGAGCUGGCACUAACAAUGCAAGACUGGCCGCUAUGCUACGUCAACUAGCACAAUACCAUGCGAAAGAUCCCAAUAAUCUUUUCAUGGUUAGGAUUGCACAAGGGUUGACUCAUUUAGGAAAAGGAACUUUGACUCUUUGUCCAUAUCAUAGUGACAGGCAGCUAAUGAGUCCUGUAGCAGUUGCUGGCCUAAUGGGUACUUUAGUUGGUUGUCUGGAUGUUAAAAACAUUAUUCUUGGAAAAUCACACUAUUUGCUGUACACAUUAGCAGCGGCCAUGCAACCUAGAAUGUUGGUUACUUUUGAUGAAGAUCUCAACCCAUUGCCUGUACCUGUUCGUGUUGGUUUGGCUGUAGAUGUGGUUGGGCAAGCCGGCAAACCGAAAACAAUAACUGGUUUCCAGACUCAUACAACUCCAGUACUAUUAGCUCAUGGAGAAAGAGCCGAGCUGGCCACAGAAGAAUACCUUUCGCUCACACCCAUAAUGGAAGGAUUUGUGAUAUUGAAGAAAAAUCCCGAUUUUAGUCCGUAACUUGUUUAUUUAGCUUUAUAAGUAGUUAGUCUUGAGAUGAGAUGAGUGGAAAUAUUUGUGAUUAUUUUAAGAGGUAUACAUAUUUGGUUUGAUUUUUUGUGUGUUUCAGUAUUUGCCUGGGGUGAAACCUUGGGGCCAGUACCAGAAUAUUUUUUAAAAAAAUGUUACAUAAAUACUUCCGCUCAUGUCGUUUCAAGGAGUAUACUCUGUUCACUGUUUUUUUUUUUUGAAUAGGCGGUAAUAGAAGACCAAAAAUGUUAUGGUAACUAUAUUCUAUGCUAUAUUGAAAGGAUGUUAAAAUUAAUAAUUAUCACAAAAACCAAACAGCAUAUCCAAAGAUGCUCCUCCUGCUUUCAAAAAUUUAAACACUCUAAUAUUAUAUUGAAGCAAUAUUGUUUGUCAGUUGGUUUUCAUAAAGUUCUUUAAUGUAGAACCGAUGACCGAGACAAAGACAUGAGGCUAACAAAAAAAGUAAAAGUUCAGGUUGGGCGUGUCUGAACACUUUUAAUAGGAAACUUCAGAUCAUAGAAUCUUCAGAUUUUGAGGAGAUCGUUUCCUCAGAGUGAAAAUCCCCUAAAUGUCAAACUUGGUUGACUUGGUUUCUGAAAUACGCAAUACAGUUUUUUUGUUGAAAUGCAUGGAUAUGUUCUUGUAUUUCAGAACAGGCUGGUAGGACAGAGAUUUAGGAAAUGCUCUAUACAUUUAUCUUGGGCGCGUUCUGAAAUAUAUAGCUGUUUCCAUACAUAACCUUGUAUAUUAGGGCUAACAUAAUCUCCCCACAUUUUCAUAGCCACCCAUUCUAAAAAAAAAUAGUGAAUGGAUUUUAAGUGUAGGUAUUACUUAUAAUAUUUUUGAUAUACAGUGUAUUCAAAAUUAAAGACUGUAUAUUGGGAUUUUGCCUAUCGGAUAUACAUUAUUUAUAAGUACAGGAAAAAGACCUAUAAAUAAUUUAUUUCAUGAUUAUUGUAUUAAUAUCUUUGAAUCCCAAGAUAACGAAUUAAUAAUAAAAAUUCACUAAUAUUA